CCAGAACACGGCACAUGGAGGUACGUCGAAGGGUGUCGGCUGUCUUGUCACGGUGCAUGAAGGGAACAGAAACGUGUAUAAGUUGUCAGUACUGGAUGUACAUGUAUAUAUUAUUUACUGUACUUAAUAUUAAGUUGAAUAUACACAGUACACUGUGUGUGUAAAGGUUCUAUAAGCAGCUCUUGUUAAGACGGAAUAUUAACAGAAAGCGGAUAAACGCUUUUGCCUUUGCAUCACGGAGUCUUGCUGCUUGCUCAACAUAAAGGGACUGGAAAGUUGUGCAGUCCUGCAAUGAUGCCAAUUACAGAAGUGAAGCUAAAAGUUCCACAAGCUACUUCUAAUAACUUCUACACAUCUUCUGGGAACUGUUUUUGUACAUUUUAUUUGCAGCCGUGGAUCUUCUGAGUAAUCCUCCUGAACCCCAACAUCCAGUAACAGAGCUGUAUACACUGACGCUGUUUCUAAUCACUGCAUGAGGCGCGCAGUAGGUUCUCCUGGAGUUCCAGACAUGUUUGGAGCUGUGUGUAAUCGUUUCAUGUGGCGUCGUGUGUUCUUUAUAUCGUGUAUGUUCUUUCCUUAUCUUUAGCUUCCUGUUUGUAGGAGGACGGACACAGUAACGUAGCUCUGCUGAUCACGCCUGCCUCGUGUUGUCUGUAUAAAGUCUCUGACUCUGAGACUCUUCUGCACUCGUCGUUCAGUGAACAUUGUGUUCCUCUGCUACGUCUGCGUCCAUCAUGAAGCUCCUCAGUGUGGUUCUCCUUCUGCUUCCACUCUCGCUCUGUUUGGCUAGAGUCGUGGAUGAUUUUACUGUGAGCUGUCCACAGUUCUUCGCUACUCCGUAUCAUGUCGUUUCUCCUCCCACGGGUUUUACUGGGACUCAGUAUAAACAGAUCUGUCAAACUCGAAAUGAUCAAGCUGAAUUCGCGACACUUUAUGACACGACGUACAGGAUCCCAGUUUACUCAGCAUACAGGUUUACCGGACUAAUGAAGUGUAAAAGAAGGAUGGGAAACUGGUAUAUUGAAGCUCAGCUGGAAAAUGGAACCUUGGGGCCAAACAUGGCUACUGAGUCUGCUGUGAGAAAUAUAGUUAAUCAGGCUGAGAACGGAGAUUAUAAAUAUUCUGGCUAUGAUAGAGGACACCUGGCUCCAGUUUUCCAUGCCACCUCACAGAACUGUGCUGAUGCCACCUUCACGCUGACCAACGCUGCUCCACAGGCGGCAAUGUUCAACCGCAAUACAUGGAUGAGGACAGAAAAAAGCAUGAAUGACAUACUGACCAAAUCUUGCCUUAAUGUAGGCCUGAGUGCAUUUGUAGUAACUGGGGUUGUGCCGGGUACUGGUACAUUGAAAAAUGAAGGUAGAGUGCGAAUUCCCAGUCACUUCUGGAUGGCAUUCUGCUGCCUCGAUAACAAUAAUAUAUCCAAACACUCAGGUGCAUAUAUUGGAGAAAAUAUAAAUAAUGCUAAAGUGGACAAUCUGGAAAGGCAGGUACUUGAGAAUCGAUUAUACAAUCUGUAUGGGAGAACUGUCACUUUGUUUGGUGGUCGAUGUUAGAUGCAGAAUAUGGAGAAAAGCGUGAACUAUCUGUGUUAACACGGCUGUAUCGGGGACAUUUCUGUAGCAUCAUACCUCCUUUUAAUUUCACUUUGUUUCCUCGACGACGCGACAAUUUCAAACAGAAAAUAAAACAAUAGAAGAGCAAACAGCUGGAAAGGGGAAACACGCCGCACGAAAGCGUCAAAAGCAGGAACGAUGUUGAACUAGUGGAACGUCCGAGUGUUGAAUGGUUUCAGCGUCUGUCCUGUAUGUUUCCCAUUCAGUGGAACAACUUCUACACACAUACACUUAAAAAAAUGAAAACUAAUCAGAAAUCACUCAUGUGUUGAUUGACAUGUUGUUGUACUUUUAAUCAGUUUAUUUCUGUCACUAAAUUGGGAUCAGAUCAUUUAUUAUUAAUCACUGAAUUGCAGUUUGAUUUUCUGCAGAAUUCGACAUUAAUAAAGAGCAUCCAAUUAAA